AUGCCAUUACCUGCCGAAUACGUCGCCGAACUGCAAGCCUUCUUCAGCCAGAUGCGCCCCGUGCCUACACGUUCAGAAGAAGCAAGGUCCCCGUACGUUUCUCCCGCACUCACCUCUGCUACCCACGUUUUCAUGCGUAACUGUGCCGUGCGGAAGCCUUUGCAACUGCACUACUCUGGGCCAUAUUGUGUUCUAGAGCGUCGCCCGACGACGUUUGUUGUGAAUGUCAACGGUCGAUCAGACACAACUGCCCUGGAACGUCUCAAACCCGCCUACAUCGAAGCACCCGCGCUAUCAGCUCCACCACACUUUCCUCGAACGAACGUGCCGGACGUGAGUCCCGAGGACGCUUCCCAGCUGUCGGCCCAGGCCUUCGCUGCACGACGCCGCUCCUCGACGGUGCGGAGGCGCCUGUCGCGCAUGCUCUCCUUCUCCGCGGCAGCCGGGGCGAGACGCAAGUCCCGCGCGAAAUCCAUCUGCCUGCCGAAGCUGCAGCCCGUUGAGGUGCCUCCAGCCUGGGCGGCGCCGCACCGAGCCACAGUCACGCGCCGGCUGACGGCACACGAUGCGACCACGGGAAGACAGCGUCGGAGACGUUCAACUGUUGGCGCCGCGUUGGGCAUCUCGGAGCCCGCCUCUGUCGCCGUGAGCCGGCGCACGUCACAAGCGUUGGGACGGCUGGCCAAGCCGGCGCUUCGUCAAGAAGCCGCGACUCCCGGUGCUCUCACGUCGACCAUGAUGGGCGGAGCGCCUGCGGACUCCGGCAAGUCGGAAGGCGCUAUUCCAAUCCGCCUGCGGUCGCUCUCCACUGCGGGCCCGGUGAAGAACAUGGAUGCGACCAAGCAGUCCACGAAGAAGAUGAUACCACUGAACGCCGACGCGCCAGUUCUGGCACGAGAGUCGCAAGCUCCAAUCUGGAAGAACGAGGAACGCCCUGCUCAGCCAACGACGGGCAAGGUGUCGCCGAAGUCUGCACUGAAGAACUCUCGACGCAAAUGUUCGGCUGCCAAGAAGGCCUUGCUCAUCGAACCUCCGCAGUUUGGUGCCAAGUGUGACGUGUCCUCGGUUUCACUACGACCGCAGCCGCUGCCAGCGAGCAAACGGCGGCAGUCUCUCGCUCCGCCUAGGCCAACCAGCCCAAUGUCCUCAACGUUCGACAACAGCUCUGGUCACACGGCACCGAUCAACAAGCGGCUCCGACUGGAACACAAGGGCGCGUCGGCGCUACCGCAUGCCCUUCAAGACGCUACAACCACAUGGCAAGGGUCUUCUUCUCAAAAGUAUGAGCUGGACAUGUUCCGAUUAAGUAGCAAAUUGUCAUCCGGCGGCAUUGCAGAGUCAAAGGAGCCAUGUGAAUAACUUCUAUAUAUAUAUU